UGGGCUUUGCGGAGGACGCGUAGCAUAGGUCCUAGGAUGCUAGGGUCAUUUCCUUCCCGGCGGGGGCCAAAUCCUCGGGAAGCUGAGACAUCUAGUCCAGUCACCUGCCCCAAACGGGGCUCAGGCCGUGGUCACCAGCCUAGGAGACUCCGGAGAACCAGCCACUCCGUCCCUCUCGGGUGCAGAAAGCCAGCUUUUCCCGGCCCACUGGGAAGAUUCCCGGCUAUCCACUCGGCUGAGGCAUCUGAGGGCAGGAGCCGCGCCAGGAGUGCCGGAUAGACUUGUGGAGAGCACUCUCGUCUGACUGCCUGUCCUCCCCACCCGGACCCAGACUCGGCGCCGCACACUCCCCCCGAGGAGGGGGAGGGGGCGGCGCAGUCACGCGCGCACCACAUUUGCGCUCAAAAGCGCGCAAGGCUCUCGCUCUCCGCCCCGCACACCUGCGCUCCGCCCCCUAGUCCUGGGCUAGCGACUGGCGAAAGCAUUUGGGAACCUAGGGCGGCUGCGGCGGCGCCCCCACCCCCACCCCAUCUCCUUCCCCUUCCCACAGUCGGAGUUGUCCGAAGCCUGUCGCCGCUCCCAACCAGCCCGCAUCCCUCUUCAUCCUUCCCUCCCCCCGCCUGCCGCGGCACCGGUAUCUGCAGCCGCAGCCCGGAGCCGGUGAGGCGGCGAAGGGGGGAGGGGGAGGAAGCAAGGGAUGAGCACCGGGAGGGCGUCGGGGGCCCCGAGCCGGACUAGGACGCCCCUGGAACAGGAACCCGAUCUGGAGCCGGAGCCAGAACCAAACCACCGUGUCCUUGGAAGGGACGGAAGCGCAGGACAAGCUGGAAAGGGGAACGCUCUGGGCGUCUGGGAAGCAGGAUCAGGGUCGUGGAAGAGGGCUUGCGCAGCCGCCUUCUGGCACCCCUGCCCCGGACCAGCACCCGUGACACGGACAGCUCCUUGGUUGGCUACAGCCCCCUAACCCCACAAGGCGCCCUGGCCCGCGCUCGCCCCCCAGGGCCUCAUGUCGGAACCACAGCCUAACCUGGAGCCGCCCCAACAUGGGCUGUACAUGCUCUUCCUGCUUGUGCUGGUCUUCUUCCUCAUGGGCCUUGUAGGCUUCAUGAUCUGCCACGUGCUCAAGAAGAAGGGCUACCGCUGCCGCACGUCGAGGGGCUCGGAGCCUGAUGAUGCCCAGCUCCAGCCCCCUGAGGACGAUGACAUGAAUGAGGACACAGUAGAGAGGAUUGUUCGCUGCAUCAUCCAAAAUGAAGCCAAUGCUGAGGCCUUGAAGGAGAUGCUGGGGGACAGUGAAGGAGAAGGGACAGUGCAGCUGUCCAGCAUGGAUGCUACCUCCAGCCUGCAGGACGGAGCCCCUUCCCAUCAUCACACAGUGCAUCUGGGGUCUGCUGCCCCUUGUAUCCACUGUAGCCGCAACAAGAGGCCCCCACUUGUCCGUCAGGGACGCUCCAAGGAAGGAAAGAGCCGCCCCCGGCCUGGGGAGACCACUGUGUUCUCUGUGGGCAGGUUCCGGGUGACACACAUAGAGAAGCGCUAUGGACUACAUGAGCAUCGUGAUGGCUCUCCCACGGACAGGAGCUGGGGGUCUGGUGGAGGGCAGGACAUAGGGGGUAGUCAGGGGUCUGGGGGAGGGCAGCCCAGGGCAGGGACACCUGCCAUUGAGAGCCUGCCCCCUGAGAGGCCACAGCCCCUGGCCCAUGCCAGUCCCUCAGUGCAGAAUGGAGGACUCAGAGACAGUAGCUUAGUCCCUUGUACACUUGAGGGCAACCCUAGAGCCUCUGCAGAGCCAAUGCUAGGGGCUGGAGGGAAGGGCCCAAGCCCAGGACUGGCCAGUCGAGAGGCAGUUGGACAGCCAAGCAAACUGGACACCACAGAUCACCAGGUGUCCCCACCAAGAGGCACAGGGGGUGUGUGAGCCUCCUUCUUCAUUGUGCUGAUGGAAUACCAGCUGGCAGGGCCAGGGGUGGGUGGGCAUGAAGGCCCUCCUCUUCACUGGACAGCACUAUCCCCAGCUGAGGAACCAGCUCUACUUCCACCUGGAGUUGCAUGGUCUCAGGCUGAGGGACCCCCGUCCCUCAGUCUCUUUCACUUCCCCUGCCUGCCAACAGGCCGCCUGACCCCUUCCCCAUCACCUAGCUCCAUUUGCUAGAGCGUGGCAGCUGGGAGCAGGCCCCUGCCCUUGGUGGGCCCCUAAAGCAAUAGCACCAUAGGCCCCCUGCCCUCUUGGCACAAGAGGCCCAGGCCCUGGCUUGGGCUUAGUGCCCUUUAUUCACUGUCAAUAAAUCUGCUCAGACCAUUA